AUGUCGUUAACAAAUUGCCGAUUCUACGAGGAUAAGUACCCGGAGGUGGACAGCUAUGUCAUGGUCAAUGUCAAGCAGAUCGCCGAGAUGGGCGCAUACGUGAAGCUGCUCGAAUACGACAACAUCGACGGCAUGAUUCUGCUCUCUGAGCUGUCGCGGAGACGUAUCCGUAGUAUCCAGAAGCUGAUUCGCAUCGGGCGGAAUGAGGUUGUUAUCGUCCUCCGUGUCGAUAAGGAGAAGGGUUAUAUCGAUCUUUCCAAGCGUCGUGUUUCCCCCGAGGAUGUGAUCAAGUGCGAGGAGCGGUACAACAAGAGCAAGGCGGUGCACUCCAUCAUGCGCCACGUCGCUGAGGCGACUCAGACUCCCCUCGAGACCCUCUACCAGCAGAUCGCCUGGCCCUUGAACCGGAAAUACGGCCACUCUCACGAUGCUUUCAAGAUUUCUAUCACUAACCCCGACGUCUGGAACGAGAUCGAGUUCCCCAGCGAGCCCGUGAAGAAGGAGCUGCAGCAGUACAUCAGCAAGAAGCUCACCCCCCACCCUACCAAGGUUCGUGCCGAUAUCGAGGUCACUUGCUUCGGCUACGAGGGUAUCGAUGCCGUCAAGGAGGCUCUUCGCACCGCCGAGGCCAACAACACCCCCGAGAACCAGAUCAAGGUCAAGCUCGUUGCACCCCCUCUCUACGUCCUCACCAACCAGUCUCUCGACAAGAACCAGGGUAUUCAGAUGCUGGAGGUUGCCAUCCAGAACAUCGCUGCCAAGAUCAAGGAGGCUGGUGGUAGCUGCACCGUCAAGAUGGCGCCCAAGGCCGUCACCGAGCACGAUGAUGCUAUCCUCCAGGAGCUUAUGGACAAGCGUGAGCGGGAGAAUAUGGAGGUUAGCGGUGAUGAGAGCGAGUCCGAGAGCGACGAGGGUGUUCCCGCGUAA